UGCAUUAAAUUAAAAAGUUUAAAGCGCAGUACUUGCCAAGAUUCUUUCUGGAAUUUGAACUUUGACUCUUGCCUACUAAGUUUUUGAUUUGGCUUUCACCUUUUUGAGGGCAACAAGUUCCAUAACCAAAAACGGCAGCAAAACAAACGACGAAAACGAUAACAACAACAACAUGGCCACUAAACGGCGUCCGCUGCGCCCUAAUUUGGGCGCUGGCACUGCCAGCAGCAGCGGGGGCAGCAGCAGCUCGAACAUGAAUUUUCGGCCUGGUGGACCAGACAUUACACGCGCCGAGGCACGUGGUACACGUCCCACGGCAGCGCCCACCAGUAUACGCGAGAUUCUGGUCAUGGGCGUUAUACAUUUGUGCAAGAAAACCAUCUUUUUCAAUACAGAUCUAAAAGUGGCGCUUUAUCUGGGCAGCUUAUUUUUGAUCUCGCUUGUAGGAGACUUUCUGCCCUUUCCGAAGACGUACUUUGCCCGGUCUGACAAUCUGUUUAAUCUGUACUUUGUCAAGGUGGGAUGGGGCUGGACUCUGCUCUUCGCGGUGCCAUUCUUGGUGCUAUCCGCCUACACGCUUAGCUGUGGUGACAUGAAGCGUAUGUUGCGCCAUCACUUUCCACGCAUUGUGAUUGCCACCUUCUUUUGGUUCUUCUGGACAAAGCUAUUUAACUUUGUAGAAACCGCCUACGGACGCUGCACUACCAAAGGCUAUGCGAGCAAGUCAAGUUGCCUUAAGGCCGGACAUCUCUGGCAGGGCUUUGACAUUUCCGGCCACGCGUUCAUACUCAUUCACUCUAGUCUUGUGCUGAUUGAAGAGGCGCGUCCUAUCCUCAAGUGGGAAACUAUCAAGGAGCAUCUGCGUAACGAGCUACAUAAUCGCAGCGUGUCGGAGCAAGUAUCUAGCAACCCACUGCGCAACCUUAACGAAGAGCAAAUGCGAAGUCUACAGUUUCUCUACACACGCCUUACGCCCAUUAUACGCACGCUGUUCAUAGGUAUGGCGGCGUUGCAACUGCUCUGGGACAUCAUGCUGGUGGGCACAAUGCUUUACUAUCAUCGCAUGAUCGAGAAGGUGGUCAGCGGUAUCUUGGCUAUACUCACCUGGUACUUUACCUAUCGCUUUUGGUAUCCCACGCCUGGUUUGCUGCCCGAAGCUCCUGGACAAGGCGUGUUCCACUAUCAACAACAUCAUUAUCAGCCUGCGCAGCAUCAUCAUCAUCGCGACAGUUUUCCCAGUAAGCGAGGAACGAAUUUACCCAAUGGCGCGCAGAGUGCUCCCUCCUCCAGCAGUCAGCAGCAGAUACCCAAGUUCAUGGGCAUGCCAUUGUAUACGAAUGUGAAAACCGCCAGCUUGGUGCAGGCUGAGCGGGAGCGCAAGGAACGAGAUCUGCAAGCGGCUGCCAUGGAAAGUUGAACGUGAGCAGAGCAGAAAAUUGAAG